AUGAAUAUCUACGGCAGGGAACAGAAGAUUUACAACGUAGAGCGUACCCUUUGCGAGCGGUGGCUGCUGCAUCUAUACACUUUCGCCACUGGUGUGCAGCUUGCGUGCUUUAUCUUUGGUAUCAUUCGCACCGCCAAUGCUGCCUCGGAGAUUUUGGAUAAUAGCUUUUUCAUUACUUCUCCGCUCCAGAUUAAACCGUUAACGCUUAAGGAUAGCUGUUCCCUUUUGGUGGAAUAUCAUCCGGAGACUAUUUUCUCCAGCGUCAAAUAUCUUGUAUCAACGGAUAACGUGGGUUAUUUUAUCAGUCGAAAUGCAACAAAUAUACGUCUGUUGUUUACGUGCGCUGCGUUGAACAUUGUGGUCUGCGCGAUUAAUCGCAUGUGGGUUUGGAUGGAGAUGCACGAGAUGCGAUACCAUUUUGUGGUAAUUCGGCAUGAUGUACUCAUUGUCUGGGAGCUUUUCCUUACCAUCAUUGGAAUUGUCAUGCUGGAGCCCGUGGCGAGGGAGCGUGACAUACUGUCAACGUACUUCUUAAAGUGUGCCAAAACGAGGCGUUAUGCGUUGGGCCGUGUCACUAAUUAUAUGGAGCUGCAUGUAUCGUUUUACCUGGCGUUGUCCGUUUUUACACUAAAUGCACUGGCAGCGGUUGUUAUACGGACCAGGAAGAAUCCAGGCGAUGGGAUGAUGGAAACGCCGACAUUACCGCCACACUUACCACCACAACUGCCAUCUACUUACGCGCCAGGGGAGACGCACCCACGGCGGCAGUUACACAACCCACCUCUGCAUGGUGUGAGGAACGAAGGAGGAAACGAGGGCUUACAGCCAAGUAAUGGCAUGGCACUCGACACAACCGCUGCGCCAAUGGGGCCUGCGGGGCCUGUGGAAAAUAUUGAACACCGGUGUUCCGAUCAAGGCUUUGGUCCAAGCGUUAGUCAGCCGAUGACACCCAUCACGUUGGGCCCACGCCUCGGCCAUUUGCAUCGCAGAGACGACGGUGCCAUGUCUGUCAUGGAUAGUUCCUGCAGAAGCGGUGGUGUUGGGGCACAACUAUCGCUGCCCCCAGCGGCGGAGGCACCGUUGGCGCGGUUUCAGGUGCCUCCACCUUCGCCGUCAUUGUCAGGGAAGCAAAAGGUCACAUAG